AACCUUUAUUUUUAAGAGUGUUUGUCAGCAAACAGUCCCGUUCCAAGAAUUUCAAGAUGGGGCAGUUAAAAGCAAUGGAUCUGACAGCAAACAUCUGGUAUCUGCCGCAAACAUCACUCAGGUAUUGUAGAGGAGAGAUUGGCUUUCAUACCUGCUUUGUGCAGUUCUUUGGGUUUGGCUGAUGUGCCACACCUGCUACUCAACCUCUGAAUGUGUGCCAGGCAUUUCCCUGCUUUUGUGAAGUUACUCAUACUGGAACAGAAAACUUCUGAUGAGCAGUGACUACACCCUUGGCCCAUUUCUGUGAAAGUGCAGAUGGGUAAUCCCACAAUAAUUAUUUCCAGAUUAGGAGAAUUGGGCCACAAAGCAGGCCUAGCCAGGCAUGAAAUGGCCUCUCAAACACAGCAGCAGCAGCAGCUCCAGACGACCACCUGCCUGACACUAACUCAACUCACCUGGACCCAACGAGUCAAACAGUCAAGAAAACCAUGCAGUGUCUUUGGAGAAAAGAUAUGGGCCGGUCGUCCCUCAUUUUUCUGGUCACUCUACUUUGGCCAGUUAAAUGUGCUGUAAUACCAACAAAACAAUCUUUAGGUUCAGGUUCCUGCAGGGAUUUCAAACAGGAGUUUGAGCGGACGUUCUCGAUCCCUGGUGAAGUUGUGAUACUGGAGUGCCCACUGCAGAUGCAUCAUCUCUUUGAUCCUGCAGAUACACCAUACAACGUCACAUGGUACGAUGAGAGAACGGGCUCUGAGAUCUCAGAGCUGGAGCAGAGCAUCAUGCUGAAGAAAACACAAGUGUGGUUCUUCAACGUCACCAUGCAGCAGAACGGAAAGUACACAUGUGUGGUCAGGACUGUGAACAAGUGCUACAAACAGGCCACUGGGCUGGUGGUGACAGAAAUGACAUCAGAAAACUGUGUGAGACCGCAGUGUGGACUCCAGCAGAUCAGGGCUCAUGUCAAUGAUCUCCUCGCCUGCCCUCUAAGGAAAUAUUUAAAGAGUGUGGACAGUCCGUCCAUCCAGUGGUACAAGAACUGCAAGCUCCUUCAAGAAGAUAAGAAAUUUGUUCCAAAUAAAGAUAUGCUCAACAUACGCAAAGUACAUCUCGAUGACGCUGGAUUUUACACCUGCAAAAUGACCUUUCGUUUAGCUGGAGUUAUCCAUGAAAUGGCUGAAACUAUAGAGUGUGAAGUGAAAGAUGAGUAUUUAAUGAAACCACGAGUGAUCGAGCCUGUUAAUGAGAUCAUUAAAGUGGAGAGGGGUUCAUCCUUCAGGAAGAACUGCAUCGUCGAAGUUCAGGGAAAAGGCAUUCCCUUGGUUGAAGUGAUCUGGAAAGACCAGCUGGAUUUCAUCUCUCAAAACACGUCACAUCGCGUCCAUCAGGAACCCAUGAAUGAAAGCCAAACGGUAGAUGGCUAUCGUAUGGAGCGCACGCUCUUGCUGUCUGCCGUAUCAGAGGAGGAUUUCUACUUAAACUUCACCUGUAUGGCAUUCAGCAGCCGAGGACAUCCGACCGGACAGAUUACACUCGUCCCUGCAGAUCCGAACCUUCUCUUGCUUCUUGGUCUUCUUCUGUGCUCUGUGGCAUUGCUCUUCGUGACGGGUGUGAUUCUGUGCACCACAUUCAAGGUGGAGCUGGCCUUGUGGGUCAGGAAUGUGUUUCCAUUCCUCUACCAAACCACAGCUGGUGAUGGUAAGCAGUUUGAUGCAUACAUCGCCUAUCCCAGAGUCCUCGAGGGCUCAAGUGAAAACGCUGAGAUUUUUGCAAUGAGCACUUUGCCGCAGGUUUUGGAGGGCCAGUACGGUUAUAAGCUGUUCAUCCUGGGCCGGGACGGCCUGCCUGGGGAAGCUGUGGUGGACGUGGUGCAGGACGCUCUGAGCCGCUGUCGCAGACUGCUGCUGCUCUACACGGCGUCGUCUCUCUGCAGCCCGGAGGCACAGGACUGGGCCGAGCAGCAGACAGGUCUGUACCAAGUGCUGGUGGAGGACUCCAUGAGUGUGGUGCUGCUGGAGCUGGAGGAGAUCCACCAGCCGCUGCGCCUGCCACACACUGUGCGCCUCCUAAAGGACAAACAGGGAGCUUUGCAGGCCUGGAAGAGAAGGAAGAGGUGGGCGUUCUGGGAUAGGAAGUCAGAGGAGCGUGUGAACUCUCUGGAGCCCUCUGCACGCUUCUGGAGGGAGCUGCGAUACCAUAUGCCCAUCAGAGGCAAAGCUAAAGAGAGAAACUGGUUUAGUUUCUAGAUGAACACUAAAGGUGAGUACUCGGUCAAGUUGAGUAAACUUCCCGGAUGAAUAAGAACAAUGCACUCUUCCUCAGAACAACAAAAAGAGAGAAAUUAAUACUUUUAUUCAUCAGGAAUGCAUUAAGUUGAUCAAAAGUGACCAGUAAAGACAUUUACAAUGUGACAAAUGAUUUCUAUUUCACAUAAAUGCUAUUCUUUUGAACUUUCUAUUCAUCACAAAAUACACCAAGGAAAACAUUUUUCACAACGGUUUUGUGGUUAAAGAAAGACCCUAAAACAGCUGUUAGUGACAUCAGCAACAGCCUCCGGAGGACAGGAGUGAAGGAAUCACAGUCUAUUGUUCACAGAAGACUUCAUGAAGAAAAGUACACAGGGUACACAAGAAGAUGCAAACCACUCAUUAGCAAGAAGAAUAGGAGACAAGCCAAUUUACAGAAAGAUGCAACAAACUAAUUGGGAGAUCCUUCGUCAUGCUGCAAGAUAAUGACCCAAAACAUAGUGCCAAAGCAACUGACAGACUGGCCAUGUCAAGAUCCAGACUUGAACCCUAAAGAGAAGAGACUGAAGGGAGUAACCCCCCCCCCCACCCCCCACACCCACCCCAAACUGAAAGAGGCUGCGAUGAAAGCCUGGAAAAUCAUCACAAAAGAAGAAUGCAAAUGUUUGGUGAUGUCAUUGGGUCACAGGCUUGAUGCAGUUAGGAUUAAGGAUUUGCAACUAAAUAUUAAGUCUUAUUCACUUUAAUCUAGUUUAAGUCAAUAUUUUCCAAUACUUUUGGUCACAUGAGCAAUAUAUAUAUAUAUAUAUAUAUAUGCACACAUGCUUACAUGUGUGCGUUUUUGUGCUGUAUCUAUAUAUAAAUACACUGUAUGUAUGUUUGUGUGAGAGAGAGGACUGUCUAUAAUAGAAAAGGUAUAUAUAUAUUAAUAAAACAUUUUAUAUGAAUAAACUAAAAUUAUGAGAAGGAGAAGAACCAAAAAAUUUUAAUGAUAUAUGAUUUUCACAUUCCAGAUCUGUUGGGACUUGAAGAAUCCUUGCUUUAUAAAACAAUAAUAACUUAAUAUUUUGACCCUUUGACCCUAUCAGGACAACACUGUUUGGAUAAUAGAGUGAUUGGAUGGAUGUUCUUCUUAAACAUUUCAUUUAGAGACAAAGUUAACUUUGAAGGCAUUUUUUAAUUAUUAAAGGUUUUGUAACAAAAUAAAAUUCAAAUUAAAGAAGAAAAAAACUU